GCUGAUCUCCCAAUUCUCAUCUCGUUUUCAGAUCAGGGGAGGAUUGUUUUUGUCUAUAUACUAUCAUUAUCUCAUUCUUAAUUGGUGCAUGGUGCAACGGUCAUUCAUUCUUCUGUUUAUUAUCGUCGACUCGAUAUUGAGGUCAUUCGCAACGACAAAAAGGAGGAAGAGCUGGUCCGUCGACUCCGUAGAGUCUGCGUACAGACACUACGAUCUUUACCAACCAAUCUCCCCGAGCCUGAGUUAAAUCUGGGCUAUUCGGAAGCACAUGCAUGCUGUUCGUCUCUGCCACUCGGCUUUCUUUAGCAGUCAACCUCGUCUGGUUCCAUCGCCUUUAUUGCAAGGCUUGAAACGAUCAGCGUCGCUUGUUUCCCCGCAAAUUACCCCAGCGCCCUGGCCCUCUCAGAGAUUGUUCCAUCACAUUAGAUCCGGCUCCGCAGUUCGCUUCAAACAACCGAGGCACGCAUCAUUUGGCUGGGGUCUAGCUGGUAUCAGUUGUGUGAUUGGUGGCGCAGCAGCUAUUCAAUUCUACUAUACCGCGUCUGAAAAGGAGACUUCCUCCCUGCAACAGCAAGAACAAAUGCAGCAGUCUCACUCCAAUUUUACCGGAAUCAUCGAUACACUCGAAAUGUCUUCUUACGAUAUUGCCCCUGGCCAUGUUGGCAACCUCACCCCAGAGCAAGAGGUCAAGCUCCGAGAAAUGUGGGCAGUCCUGUUCAGAUUGUUCAAUAUUAAAAUUGAAGAUGGCCAGCUAGAAAAAGCACUGAGCAACCGGCCAGAAAGCCCGGAUUCAAAAAAGAAGACGAGGCGUGGCUUCUUCGGCUUUGGCGGUGGCAAGAAGGAGGAACCAGCUACCCCAGAUGUUGCAGGGUUGUCGUUGUCAGACCAUGAUGACAAGUAUGGAAUGAAUAAAGAUUUCAAACAGGCCGUAGCGGACCUGUCACCAGAACAAUUGCGAGAGAGUUUGUGGAGUAUGCUCAAAGCCGACCAUCCGGAUGCUCUUCUUUUAAGAUUUCUACGUGCCCGGAAAUGGGAUGUCAACAAAGCCGUCGUCAUGCUUAUAUCAACCAUCCGAUGGCGUCGGGAAGAAAUGCAUGUUGAUGACGAUGUCAUGUUGGGAGAAAUGAAAGCGCUAGAGCAGGCGGAGAGUUCCGAUCACGAAACUAAGAGAUUGGGAGUCGACUUUAUGGCACAGACUCGCAUGGGCAAGAGUUUCAUUCAUGGUGUCGAUAAGCAAGGACGACCGAUUUGCUCGAUUCGUGUCAAGAUGCAUAAGAUUGGAGUCCACAGCGAGAAGAGUACCGAGAGAUAUACAGUCCAUAUGAUCGAGACUGCCCGACUGAUGCUGCCGCGUCCUAUUGAGACUGCGGUUAUUAUGUUUGAUAUGACUGGCUUUACAAUGGCUAAUAUGGACUACGCUCCCCUCAAAUUCAUCAUUAAAUGCUUUGAAGCAAAUUACCCAGAAUCUCUCGGAGCUGUGCUCAUCCAUCAGGCACCAUGGAUAUUCUCAGGUUUGUACCUUCUACAAUGGCAUAUGCAGAUCGAUAUCUAAUCGAGUCUAGGUAUUUGGAAGGUUAUUAAAGGAUGGCUCGACCCUGUCGUCGCAGCCAAGGUUCACUUUACCAACACUACCGAAGACUUAGAGGCUUUUAUCGACCGCAGCCGCAUUCUGAAAGAGCAUGGCGGCGACGAUAACGCCGAAUUCGAAUAUGUUGAACCCCAACCUGGCGAAAAUGAUGCCAUGAAAGACACAGCUAAACGCGAAGAAGUCCUCGGUAAACACAGAGAAAUUGCACAGGAGGUACAAGACGCCACGAAGAAAUGGAUUGAAGCUGCAAACAAGGGUGACGAGGCAGGUGUUGCGUCAUGGAAAGCCAAGAGAGAAGAACUCGCUGCAAAAUACUCACGACAUUACUGGGAGACCGACCCGUAUGUCCGGGCUCGCUCUGUAUAUGACCGCAAUGGAGUGAUCCUAGGUGGCGGCAAGGUCAAAUUCUACCCGGAGAAGGGCUCUGAGGAGGUCAAAGACGCUACAGCCAACGGCGCAGCAACAGUUGAAACUGGAGAAAAGGCCGUGACACCGGAAGUUAAUGGAGUAGAUGCUUCUGCACCUGCUGUCGCUGUUUCCGCCAACUGAGCUGUCUAUUUAGAUUCGGUUUUGGGGUUCAGGAUCAAUUAAUUGGUUGGUUGCAUUUACGUUUAUUUAAAUUCAUCUAAGCUGGGGGCUUAUUAGAUAGGUUUUCCUCGUCUCAAUGCGAGCGGUUACGCGAUACUUGAGCUAUGUUCAGGAUUGACGUGAUUAUAUUUUCAUUUUGACAAUCUUAUGCAGGAUUGGACUUAUUAAUGGAUCUUAAUAGUCCAUGUAGAGCUGAUGGAUAUAACCACAGCAACAGAAUGAAAACCACGUUCGACUAGACUAUUUCUGACCAUUUCUAAUGUAGGAUCAAGCAGAUAGAUGCCAUUAAAUCUUACCCUUGAGCUCCUCAAGCAAAGCUUUCAGCUUGUCCAUGUCAGUUGCCUGAGCAGGCCACGAGAUUCCCAGACCUUCUUUCUCAUUUGGCUUAGGGAUC